CCGAACGUACUGCACGUAGAAGCGUGUGUUCGUGAUGUAUUGUUAUAAAAGAAAACAUUGCAGAAUCGCGUACAAAUGUUUUUUUUAAAUCACAUAUUAGAAAUUAAAUAUGCCAGAUGCUGUCCUCGUGGCUAGAAACAUAUUUUAAGGAUAUGUGGCGCUGCUUUCGAUUUAUAUAACGGUGCUCCGGUGAAGGUUUGGUGUAAUAACCUAUAAUAGAAAAAUGCUGUGUAAAGAAUACCAGGAUAUGAGGAAUCCGUUUGUAUUGCUAUAAGAUGCAAGCAUAUGAUUUUACUGGUAUGGAUUCGCGAACAACUGUUGCCAGUGGAUCCAUAAAACAAACAUGAUGGUGCUUCAAAAGAGCUGAUCUUAAAGUGUACGUGGGGACUUUUGUCAGCACUCUGGACAUUUCUGUUGUCAGUAGAAAUGGAGUUUCCAGGACAUAGUCAGCAGCUCUUGGCUAGCCUGCGCUCUCAGCGUCUGCAAGGUUUCCUAUGUGACUGCACCGUGCAGGUCGGCCCGACUCGUUUCGGAGCCCAUCGUGCCGUGUUGGCCUCUUUCUCCCCUUUCUUCCAUAUGUUUUACUCCGAUCAGUCAAUGGGGAAUACCAGCACAAUCAACGGAGGGCCACAGAGAGACACAGUCACUAUUAAUGGAGAUAUCGUGACCCCACAAGCCUUUGGACUCCUCCUUGAUUUCAUGUAUGAAGGGGUUCUGCGAUUAGCAGCCCACCCCCCUCCAGAGGAUGUGCUCGCCGCAGCCAGCUUCCUACAUAUGAAUGAUGUGGUGCGAGUUUGUAAGAGAAGACUGCAGGGUCGAGGAUUGGCUGAGGCGGAUAGUACAAGAGUAGAAGUUGGAGCAAACGAAUCGGCUAAACCUGGAGAACUUGAUGGCUCGAAUGGAGAAGACAUAACUGGUGCAGAAACAGGAAGAGAUGGAGCAGUAGCACAUUGUCCUCAGUCGAGUCAACAAAUGUCACUUUAUAUUGAUACCAAGACUGAAACACAAGCAGGGACGGCUAAUCUCCUCACGCACAGCGCCAAGAGUUCAGAAAUGGCGGACACAACCCAACCAGGAAUGGACUCGCAACCAGCCAUCAAUAAUUCUUGUUCGGGUUCGUCCACAUAUCAUUCUUCACCUAGACCUGACAAGACAAGAAUUUCGGCACGGUCUGCUAGCCUCGAGUCGGCACUUUCAAGUCCAUGUAGUACAACAGAACUAAUUCAGACAGAGACGCAUCCUGUUGUAACCACUGCCGUGGCUCUGAGCAGUGUGGACAACGCUAGUGCUGCCCAAGAACAUGAACCUAGCGUUUUCAUUCCGGUUCAAACACUAAAACCCCAAAUCCAGAAUAAAGGUGCAGGAAAUCCAGGGUCUUCACAACACAUUGAGAGCCAGAAUGGAAGGAGACAUGAGCACACUUUGCCCAAUACAAGAAACAUGCAAAGUAAGCGUAAAAAAUCUCUUUCGCAAACAUCAAGGGAGGAAAAUGAAGAUCGCUUUAAAGUGAAAGUGGAGGCCAUUGUGAUUUCUGACGAAGAGUCUGAUGACGUAGAUGAGACUGUGAUCAUGGAUGACGGCCCAAGUAGAAGUGCAGAUAUAGAUCAUGUGGAUGAUUAUGACGACAGCAACCAUGAUGUUGAGGAGCUGACUGAUACUCAGUUCAUACCUGUACACCAGUUAAUUCAUCUUCCACAUCAAGAACCCAUUUCUUUCCCUCCCUCACCGCAAGGUCCUAAUACUUCUGCAGCAGAAACCACCAGCUUUUCAUCAUCUCUUUUUCCAGCCAAUUCUCAGCCGGAGCAGCAGGCCAUGUACCUUGAGGAUUUUCAUGACUCGCUUGGGAGUUACGUAGAGGACGUGCCUACUUGUAACACUUGCGGAAAGACUUUUUCCUGUGCUUACACCCUGAGGAGACACGCCAUCGUGCAUACUAGGGAGCGACCUUAUGAGUGCAGCUACUGUUACCGUAGUUACACACAGUCUGGAGACUUGUACAGGCACAUCAGAAAGGCACACGAUCACUGCUUACCAGUGAAACGCAGCAGAGUUGAGUCAGACUCUCCACCUUCACCACCUCCCCCUCCUCCCCAGACGUAGCCAUGAUUUGUGGCUCAAUCCUCUUAACGGGUCCUUCAGAAACUUGAACGAAAUAAUGCUGAAGGCUUUUGCAAAUAUCACAAAAUCGUGAAUUGCCACGUCUAUAAUUUUGUGGCUCAUGCCUCAAAAUGGCAAGUGCUUUGAAAGGGAAACUUGACACGUGACUGCCUCCAUGCCAUUUACAAACAGAACCGAUGCAACUGAAACAAAUGGUUUUGGUGUUAAUUGAAUUAGCUAUACAUAUUCUUGAGAUUUUACACAACUUGGUUUUAAUAUUCAUUGCUAAAGUAUAUUGUUUUUAUAGACAGGCAGUGUAAGUAAAUUUGAAUUGAUUAAGAGGAGUGGUUCCAGCACACAGGCCUAGUAUAUUGAAGCAGACUUUUAAUAGGUAAUCACCAUUCAUGGUGGUGUUUUACAGUUUAAAAUGUCAUGUUUAUGUCUCUUAUGGAAUAUUGUAGCUGUUAUACCAAGAAAUGAGCAUUAAGAUCCACUAGAGCAGAUAAAUGACUGUAUCACUACAAGGAAGGUUUUUGCUGUGUAAGUGUUCUGUGCAUUUUCGUGAGCGUGAAAGAUGGUGAGACUUUUAAAUAGGUGCUAUGAACUACAAUCAGCUUUCAGUGCUUUUAAGAUGGGUCCAUUUAUUUGUUGUAAAAUAUUUAGAGAACUACACUACUGUUCAAAAG